AUGGUGUCCCAGCUGAGCGCCCUGCAACGGGAGCUCCUGGGCGCUUUGCUCAGCUCCGGAGCUACUAAAGAAGGGUUGAUCCGCGCCUUGGAGGACAUGGUGCCCGCCGCCGGUUUCGGCGUCAAGUUGGAGAGCCUGCCGCUCUCCCCCGGGGGACCGCCGCCCGACGGCAAGGCCGCCUUCCCGGCGUUGGCCAACGGGCACGGGAAGGGCAAGCUCUCCGGCGACGAGGGCUCGGAGGACGGCGACGAUUUCGACACGCCGCUGAUCCUCCGCGAGCUGCAGGCGCUCAACACGGAGGAGGCCAUGGAGCAGCGGGCCGAGGUGGACAGGAUGAUCAGCGAGGACCCGUGGCGGGCGGCAAAGAUGAUCAAGGGGUACAUGCAGCAGCACAACAUCCCGCAGCGGGAGGUGGUGGACGUCACCGGCCUCAACCAGUCGCACCUCUCCCAGCACCUCAACAAGGGCACCCCCAUGAAGACGCAGAAGAGAGCCGCCCUCUACACGUGGUACGUCCGCAAGCAGCGGGAGAUCCUCCGGCAAUUCAACCAGACAGUCCAGGGUUGUGGAAAUAUGACAGACAAAAGCAGUCAGGAUCAGCUGCUGUUUCUCUUUCCAGAGUUCAAUCAGCAGAACCAGGGGGCUGCCCAGCUCGACGACGCCUGCUCCGAAACCCCCAGCAAGAAGAUGCGUCGCAAUCGGUUCAAGUGGGGGCCGGCCUCCCAGCAAAUCUUGUACCAAGCCUACGACCGCCAAAAGAACCCCAGCAAGGAGGAGCGUGAGGCUCUGGUGGAGGAGUGCAACAGGGCCGAGUGUCUGCAGCGAGGGGUGUCUCCCUCCAAGGCGCACGGGCUCGGCUCCAACCUGGUGACGGAGGUCCGCGUCUACAACUGGUUUGCCAACCGGCGGAAGGAGGAGGCUUUCCGCCAGAAGCUGGCCAUGGACGCCUACAGCUCGGGCCAGCCCCCGCACAGCAUGAACCUGCUGCUGUCCCACGGUUCCCCUCACCACAACCAGCCCAGCGCCUCGCCUCCCAGCAAAAUGCCGGGGGUUCGGUACAGCCAGACGGCAAGCGGAGAAGCGGCAUCCUCCGGGACCAUCAGCCACCACGGCAGCGGUGCCAUGGUCACCAGCAGCCAGGCGGUCCUGCAGCAGGUCUCCCCGGCCAGCUUGGACCCGGGCCACGGUUUGCUCUCGCCCGACGGUAAAAUGAUCUCUGUUUCGGGGGGCGGGCUGCCCCCGGUGAGCACCCUGACCAACAUCCACAGCUUGUCGCACCACAACCCGCAGCAGUCCCAGAACCUCAUCAUGACGCCGCUCUCGGGAGUCAUGGCCAUCGCACAGAGUCUGAACACCUCGCAGGCGCAGAGCGUACCCGUUAUCAACAGCGUUGCCGGCAGCUUGGCAGCCCUACAGCCGGUCCAGUUCUCCCAGCAGCUCCACAGCCCGCACCAGCAGCCGCUGAUGCAGCAGUCACCCAGCCAUAUGACGCAGCAGCCUUUUAUGGCUACCGUGACUCAGCUGCAGAACUCACACAUGUAUGCGCACAAACAGGAGCCUCCCCAGUAUUCCCACACCUCCCGCUUCCCCUCGGCGAUGGUGGUGACGGAUACCAGCAGCAUCAGCACGCUGACCAAUAUGUCUUCCAGUAAGCAGUGUCCCCUGCAAGCCUGGUGAUGCUCCACACCUCGCUGCUUUUGCACAUAGCAACGGGAUCUUAUUUUCCACAACAUCCCGCCGGUGAUCCGCACGCCGAGCCCGGGGAGUCACCAGAGUGAAGCCCAGUGCCGCAGCGAGGAACCCAUCAACCCGAAACAGAGCCGGAGGCUCGAGACUCCCCGUCGCCCUUCCGCGCCCCGCCGGGGACGAGCCCGGGUUCGUGGGGUGCCCACCCGGGACCGUGCCUCUCCUUCCCUCCACGCAGUAUUUCCAAGACGUGUCUUGGGGAUUUUUUUCUCAAGUAUUUGCCUUCCAAGAGGCCGUUGGCUCUCCUGAAGAACGGGGAACAAGCUGUACUAGGAACUGGCAGAAGGGGAAGAUGGAUAAUAUUUAAGUUAUACUCCUCCACCCGACGGACUGAGAGGGACUUGGGUCUGUUACUUGGCGUUUGGAAGGAGGAAUCGCAUGUGCUGUUGAACUGAGCCAAUUAAACUGUAAAUAUAGGUGCAGUCUCAUCCUCACCCUUCCCCACUCUUAUACAUAGAGAUUUAUAUAAAAUAAGUAAAUUUUGUUCAAUGGAUGUAAACUACUGUAAUUAAGUGCAAUUCCCCCAUCUGUAUAUAUUGUUCCCAAGUCUUCUCUCUCUCCCUUUUUUUUUUUUCUUUUUUUUUUUUUUUUGGUAAAGGUCAGAGUUGAGGAUGGUUUUGGUUUUGUAUUUCUCUUCUUCCUUUAAAUGAGUUAAUUCAAAGACCUGGGCCUAGGCAAGGAUGCCGGUCAGGCAGCACCCGUCUCUGCGCUGCGGGAGGACAGGCACACGCGUGUCCUCUGCACGGUGAUGUCCCAUGUGAAGGAAGGGCACGGGGCAAGUCAAGCAGAGCCCUGGCAGGACCUGGACAGUCUGCGUGGGGACAACUGCCGCUACGGAGAUGUCAAGGGACUCUUCUGCUUUUGGGGACUCUGAGGUGGACUGGGGUGGGGUGGGGAAGUGCUCAGCAGCCCGGUCAACACAUCCAGACCGCUGGGAAGCGUUCGGUAUCGGCAGUUUUCAGGUGAGCCUGUAGCAUUUGCUGCUACAGAGGUGAAUGAGGCUGCAAGAAAUUCUGUUGGGAUCUUCCUCAAAUGGGGUUCAGAGGCUGUCUCCCUUUUCUCCCCUCCUUGGGGCACGGGAGGGACCGAGUGCCCAGUUACUGCCUUGCUCCUGCCCAGUAAACGGCCAGUACCCGUGGCUUAUUUUCCACCAUUAGGAGGUUGAUGAUGAGCCUUGUUGGCUCCACCUUUAUCAAUAAACACGGUGUUCUCGUCCUCGUAGUGUCACCUCCAAGCUGCAGCUGGACGGACGGGUGCUGGGCUGCGAUGUGAACGCACCAGUCCACAGUCCCCGCCGGCUGCCUGCCUUGUCUCGCCUGGCAGCGGCUCUUGGAAGGAAAGCUUUGCGGAGAGAUCUCCAGCUUGUGAAUGAGCCCACCGCUGCGGUGAGGGGACGUCCCAGCUGGGCACCCGCUGAGGACACCGGGCUCCACACCCUCUAGAGCCCCGAAGGGGUUUAGGUGCCCGAGUCCUACCUCCCAAAGCUGCAGAAGCUGUAAAAGGCAUCGUCUCCCCUCCUGUGAGACACAAGCUCCUCCAUACCUGCUCCCCUUUGUAAAUGGAUCUAAUGCUCCCCAGUUUUGCAAAAUUUCUUGAACUUUGCAGCAUGUGCCGACUGCUGAGUGAUUUAGAGAGGUGGAGAGCAGUAGAGGUGCCCGUGGACAGAUGACCACUGCUAAAAAGAAGAACACCAGAUGCUUUCUUUGGGGCAAGAAAGGCUCUUUUGCUCUGUGUUUGUACAAUGUCUAGCGCAGUGGGACCCUAACCCUUGCUGGAACAGAUAGGAGUUGCCCUACGGUGAAUAAGUCAUCGCAAAUUGGAGAUCAAUAUUCAGAAUGACAUUUAAUUUAAUGUAUACCAUAAUUAAAUACCAUUUCUUCUGAA